AUGAUCUUUGCACAUCUUUGGAAUCAAGUUUCUUCUCCAUUCGCCCUGCUUUUAUCCCGCCAGCAAGUGAUCCCCCAAACCACCACCAUAGUCCCGACUUCCGACAUGAACCAAAGUCAUUUGUUUGAGCACAAAUUUAACCUGAAAAUAAAUGAACACGAUGAACCCAGAAAUCAUCAUAUUCCUUUCACCAUUUUCAUGAAACUCAGCAUUCGAAGAGUGUUAAUGGUUGGUGCCUUCAUCGGUCUUACUUUCUUCUUCAUGAUUCCUAUAGCAUUUGUUCAAACUUUGGCCAACAUUGAAUCAAUCGAGAAAGUUGUUCCGUUUCUGAAACCCAUUAUCAAUAUGGUUAACAAUGGAGACACUACAGUCAUCACGAAGCAUCACAAGAUCACAAGUUAUGGUUAUGGCUUCCGAGAACAGAAAAGCGACAACACCAGUGUAACCAUAGCAUCACUAGAUGAAAACGAUGAAUCUAUGAAAGACGUUGAAACUGUGGAAGCUAGACCAAAGAAAUUAUCUACGAGCCACUUGUUGUGAUGUACACCACGUGUUUGUGGAAAUGAUCCACCACCUGCAAAGAAGGAAAGGAGGAUGGUGUAUUACACAGUGGUGGAUGAUGGGAACGUUGAUGGAUGAAGACAAGGAAGAAGAAGGUGGUGGGCACGAGAUUGUUGCCAACAAGAUAUCUUUAAUAGCUACUGUCUAGAGAGAGAGGGAGAGAGAGAGAGAUGAG